AUGACUUUGGUGUCUAGCUGGUGUUUCGUACCUCUUACUUUUUCCUUUCUCUCUUUCUGUUGUCGCAUCAAAUAUCAUUUAUUCAUCCAUUUUCACACUUUUUCUUUUGUGCUCGCUUCAACCUGUCAAACCGGUGUUUUCCGCCUCCCUCUCUCCUCGCCUAGUCAUGCUGUGUCUCCUCUGUCCUUGCAUAUAUUCGCCCGUCGCGUCCUUUGA